GGGAGGGGGGCCGGAGGGAGGGAGGGAAGCCCGCGGGGAAGGAAAUGGAGAGCGCUGCAGGCGCAGCCGGCCCGAUCCCGCCGCCCAGCCUCAGUUUCUCCCUCCGUUUAAUGGGGAAGUUAGGCUUGGCCCCUCCCCCUCCCGGGGCCGCUGGGGGGGCCGGGCUGUUCCGGGGUGGAAGCCCCCUCUGCCGGCGUAGAUUGCAGCCCAGCCCUUCCCCGGAUCCCGGGGCGCCCCCUGGACCACGCUCGGGGCGCUGGACUCGAGUUACCUGGCCCCGAGGUGGUGGGGAGAGGCCGCAGCUCCUCCCGGGCUGCAGGAAGGUGUGGCCUUCCCUGACCGGUCAGACAUUUAUUAGACACCUGCUGAGUGCCAGGCCUCCAUCCGGGAACACACAGAGAGAGCCUCAGGGAGCCCCAGGAGUGCCAGGUGAUGGGCUAUUGACUAGGCCGAAGGAUGCCUCCCACCCUGUGAGCAUGUUCCAGAUAUCCGAGUUUGAGCCCAGUGAGCCCGGAGAAGACCCUUCUGCCUCCACUGCCCCCAGCCUCGCCCCGCUCAGGCCAGGACCCCGAGCAGCACCUGGAGCCCACCACCAUGAGGGCGCCGGCGCGGGGAGGCCUCGCCUGAUCUCCUACCCCCCGCUAAGGGAGGGCUCCCGGGAGGCGAGCCCCGAAGCGGAGGCCGAGGCAGAGCAGUCCGAGGGGGAGGAAGAGCGCGGCCUCUUCCGGGGCCGCUCCAGCUCAGCGCCCCCUAUCCUCUGGGCGGCGCGGCAUUAUGGCAGCGAGCUGCGCAGGAUGAGCGACGAGUUCCACUGCACCUUCAAGGGACUUCCCCGCCCGAAGAGCGCAGGCACUGCGAGCCAGAUGCGUCGGAGCCAUGGCUGGACCCGCACCUUCCAGUCUUGGUUCGGGCGGAAUUUGGGGAAAGGGAGCGUCGGUCCUUCCCACUGACCCCCACCCCUUCCCCCUCUUAACACGCACCCCAUCCCUGAAGUAGUGUGGCGGCCAUGUUGGGUAAGGGCGGAAGUGCUCCGCCCCCACUUACCGGGGCCGAGAGCAGGCGUAAAAGUUCAGAGAGUCAGAGAGCCCGUGGCCUGACUGGGAUCUUGCCGGCGCCGGGCGAAUGCUUUGGGGAGCCAGGACGCCGGCAUCGCGACAGUGGGCAGGCUUCUGCCCACAGACAACAUGGUCGCCGGAAGAGGCUGCAACUAGACUUCCAGAUCCUCCCCCUAACAAUCGGCUCGGGGGCGGGGCUUCGUUGCGCCUGCGCCGUGGUCAGAACCGAGAUUAACCACUUUCCCCUGGGGAGCUGCUCUUGUAGCAGACUCUAGGAUUUCUCUACGUGAAAGUGGCAAUAAAAGCCGAGUCAUUUGUU